AUGGCGGGUGCCCGGGACCCGCAGCGCCAGCCCCCCCGCGCCCCCCAAGAUCGCCCCACUGUGCUGACCCGCGGAGACGGGGGGGGCCCUCGGCGCACCCAGGUGCUGCCCGAGGGGGGGUCGUGCCCCCCCCUCCUCCACAUCCACCACCCCGGGGUGCUGGUGAUGAGGACGCGACUCCCCCCAGCCCACGGUCUCCCCACUUUUGAGUGGGGUCCCAAAGACCCCCCCGGCCGGGAGCGCGCCCCCUCGCCCGCCCCCGCUGGCAGCAACCCCCCCCCGGGGCCCCCCAACGCCGCCCAGCCCCCCAGGGCCCCCCGCUGUGAGCUGGGGGAGGUGGCGCAGUGCCUGCGGCAGCUGGAGAGGAUCCAGGAGCUGGAGCAGCAGCUGGCCCGUGAGCGGCACCACCUGGGGCUGUUGCAGGCGCAGCUCAUCCGGAGGGGCCCCCCCACGAUGGGCCCCCCCGGGAAGGGCGAGGCUGGGGGUCCCCCAAUUUGGGGUCACCCGGCCCCCCCCGAGGCGGAAGGGGAAGCCAAGAGCCCGCUGCCCCCCCACGGGCACCCCUGGGAUCACGGGGGGCUCUGCCCAGAACUGGAGUACUACCGGCUCAGCACCGCCCGGCCCCCCUACACCUACGCCAUGCUCAUUCGCUGGGCCAUCCUGGAGUCGCCCCAGCGCCAGCGCACCCUGGGCGAGAUCUACCACUGGUUCAGCCGCAUGUUCGGCUACUUCCGCCACAACACCGCCACCUGGAAGAACGCCGUGCGUCACAACCUGAGCCUCCACAAGUGCUUCGUGCGGGUGGAGAACGUGCGCGGGGCCGUCUGGACGGUGGACGAGGCCGAAUUCAGGCGCAAGAGGGGCCAGCGCUACCCCAGGGACUGCGACCUGAAGUACUUUCUGCCCCCCCGGAGCUGAGGGGGGGGGGGUGUCCCCCAAAAAUCCACAAUGGGGAGGGGGUGACGGGGGGGUCCCCUAAAUCCCCCCCCCCCAAAAAAAAGAGGAACAUGGCACCCCAAAAA